GUUUUUGUUUUUGUUUUUGUUUUACACCUGAACACGAGCUUUGGAGGACGUUAUGCGUAAAAAGGCGCAUCUUCGUGACGCACGCGGCACCACCGUUUUAGGUGUGGAGUUCUGUUAAUCCGAGUUAAGAGAGAAAACGAUGGAGAUUAUACAAAUCAUGAGGAUUGUGUGGGUGUUGGGGAUGAGCUUUUUUGAUGUAUCAGUUGCUGUGAUCGACUUGACGAUGAUGUCCACGACAAAGGUCCCCCACGUCAGUCACUUUACAAUCUCCUGUAUCAACGGGGAGCGCAGGCCAGCCCAGGCUGAGCUGAACAUCAGGAAAGAUAACAAAAUUCUCAUAUUCCCCAAACUGCCGAGUUUUAAAGUCUACAAACCCAGAGAGAAGGAGGCUGUGGCCAGAGAUUUUUGUGAUCUGGAUAAYAUCGGCAUCUUUUACUGUGAAACCCCUCAGGAGGUGCCCCCACUUAAAGUCACCCUGAUCAACAACCUUGGCAAAGCUAAUUUUAUUCCAAACUACCUCACACUGACUGUUAACAAGGGGGAGACGGCUCACCUCAGUGUGUCGCUUCACAGCCAUGAAAAGAGAGAUGUSACCUGGAAGUAUAAUGGAAACUACUAUUAUAUGACCCACUGGAACGAAGUGAUUAAUCGCACUGCGACGCUGACUGUGGAGAAUGCAACUUUGGCCAACCAAGGCAUCUACAGYGCCAGCUAUUUUGGGGACAGCCCCCUUAACGGAGCCUGGAUGAGGCUUAUUGUUAGAGACUGUCCGGGGAAGAAGUGGGGUCCUAACUGUGACAGGGACUGCUCAGACUGCCUGAACGGUGGAGUUUGUCACGAUUUGGAUGGGGACUGUGUCUGCCCGCCGGGAUUCAUGGGAACACGCUGUGAGAUAGCCUGCAGAGAAGGAAUGUUUGGUCGCAACUGCCAGGAGUCGUGUGGCUCCGGGCUGGACAACAACUGCAAGGGGCUUCGCUUCUGCCUUCCGGACCCGUACGGUUGUUCCUGUGCCACCGGCUGGUUUGGAAGACACUGUGAAAAGGCGUGCCAUCAUGACAUGUAUGGACCAGACUGCAGGCUGAGCUGUAAAUGCCAAAACGGAGGGGUCUGCCACCGUUUCAGUGGAUGUCAGUGUCCUACUGGGUGGAGAGGACAGAACUGUGAAAAAUCAGACCGGGCUCCUCAGAUUUUGGACCUGGAUUGUAACCUGGAGUGGAAUUUGAAUUCCAGCCCUAAGAUCAAAUGUUCAGCCACAGGCAACCCUUUGCCCAGUCACAACAGCAUCGAGCUGCGAAAGCUGGACAGUACCGUGCUCAAGGCCUCCAAAACCAUCAUGGAAUCAAAUAUCAGCACGGCUAUGUUUGAGAUCCCUCGCCUGAGCACUCAGCAAGGGGGAUUGUGGGAGUGCAGGGUGUCCACUAACGGAGGCCAGGACUCCCGCAAGUUCAAUCUCACCGUCAAAGAGCCCCCUGUACCCACUACCUCUCCAGAAUUGCUUACAAAGAGCAGCAAGCAGCUGGUGGUACGGCCAAUAAGGUCCCACAGAGGAGACGGCCCCAUAAUCUCAACCAAAAUUCUCUACAGGCCAGUGAAGAACAAGGGAUCUUGGUCCUCCAUCAUAGUUUAUAGCAAUAAAGAGCCCAUCACGCUGGUGAACCUGGAGCCCUCCACACAGUACCAAGUUCAGGUCCAGCUGAGUCGACCUGGAGAGGGAGGAGAGGGGGCCGCUGGACCAGUGGAGAUCAUGGAGACGGGCUGUCCCGAGCCCACGACUGAACCUGAGAUUGACAUUCACUCAGUGGAGGGUCGGAACGCAACCGUGAGCUGGAGACUGCCCACCGCCAGCGGCGUCACCCCGGAUAUGGCAACUACGUUUUUAGUGCAGCUCUUCAAACCCCCCAGUAAGGAGAAACUGUUGGAGACGACCACCAAGAUCAACGUGCUCUCUACUAAAUUCCACAACCUGGAGUAUUAUCAAGACUAUUCUGUGGAGGUGCGCCUCGUUAACUGUGACAGUCUGGGCCCACCUUCAAAACCCUACGUCUUCCGGAUCAGCAGCCAUGGCCCGUCAUCACCACAGAACGUUCAGCUUGUGUCCCUGUCCACCUCAGCUAUCCAGGUGAGCUGGMAACCCCCCAAAGACCCAAACGGAGGCAUAAUUAAAUACACCAUAGAAUACCAGCCUGUGGGCCAGGGGAGCCCYCACCACUGGGUGGACGUAAACGACUGGAACGUUACCACCAAAGAUGUGACAGGGCUCAACAGCAGCACCCGGUACCAGUUCAGAGUGAGGGCUAGCUCCAAAGUGCCGGGAGAGUGGAGCACUUUUGUUCAGGAGACGACAAUGACCCAGCGAGAAGGCCUUCAGAUGUUGAUCCCGACCACCCAGGGAGUGGCUGGGAAGCCUGUGGCAGACAAUUAUCAGCUGCUGAUGGCGAUUGUGGGCUCUGUAACUGUUACCUGUGUGACCAUCCUGCUGGCRCUGCUGGCUCUUUUCUUCAUCAGGAAGAUGCUGCUCAACCGUCGGCGCACGUUUACCUACCAGUCUGGAUCGGGUGAGGAAACUAUUCUGCAGUUUAACUCGGGAACUCUGACCCUCACAAGAAGACCCAAGCCCACUCCUGAACCUCUGACCUAUCCAAUCCUCGAGUGGGAGGACAUAAAGUUUGAAGAUGUUAUUGGCGAGGGCAACUUUGGCCAGGUCAUCAAAGCCAUGAUCAAGAAGGAUGGUGCCAAAAUGAGUGCAGCCAUCAAGAUGCUAAAGGAGUUUGCUUCAGAGAACGACCACAGAGACUUUGCAGGAGAGCUCGAGGUGUUGUGCAAACUAGGCCAACAUCCCAACAUCAUCAACUUGAUCGGAGCCUGCGAGAACAGAGGGACGGCUGCCUGUGCGCUGGAUGGCCAUCGAGUCACUGAAUUACAGCGUGUACACAAGCAAAAGUGAUGUGUGGUCUUUCGGUGUUCUCCUCUGGGAAAUUGUAAGCUUGGGUGGCACACCGUACUGCGGGAUGACAUGCGCUGAGCUGUAUGAAAAACUGCCUCAGGGUUACAGGAUGGAGAAACCUAAAAACUGUGACGACGAAGUCUAUGARCUAAUGAGGCAGUGCUGGAGGGAUCGGCCCUAUGAGAGACCCCCGUUCUCCCAUAUCUCUGUCCAACUCAGCAGGAUGCAGGAGGCCAGAAAGGCUUAUGUUAACAUGGCUCUCUUUGAGAACUUUACCUACGCUGGAAUAGAYGCCACCGCUGAAGAGGCCUGACUACCAGCCCCCCCAGGCCCUCGCAUAUCACGUAGCUCCAAGAGAAAGUGGCGCGGUAGACCGCCGCGUUACUGCCACCUCCCUGCCGCGCACCGCCAAAACAGGAGGACCGGGCGCCCGACUGCAACCACUCAGCUGUAGACGGAGGACUGUGAAAAGACACUGUCGAGGUAUCGAAGGCGCUGAACGAUGCAGAGUCUGUCUGGGCCUUCAACGGACAGAGGCGACUGCAAAAAUAAACUUUCAGCUUUUGUCCGAGCAUUGCAAAUUUGGAGCUGUGUGAUUUGAUGAAACACCACAGGGUCUGUGGGGCGUCAGUGCUGAUUUUAAUUUUAUUUUUUCUUGUUUUUGUGGAGGACAAAAUCUUUUCAAGGAGGAAAGAAAUAUAAAGGACACUGUGUGGAUCACAAAACAAUAGUUCUCUACUUUUUGAGCUUAGGUGGAAACAGACUGUGGCACUUCAAGCYGUUUUGUUUGUGUCAUAAUUAUUAACUGUGCAUUGCCUAUCACUGCCAUGUGAAAGUUACUACUACUGUAUGUAUUUUUGACAAAUUUUUAAGGUUACUAUAAAGUAUUAAAGCCCUGUAUUCAAUGUAGCCAGACAAUUUUAGAUCAAUUUAAUUCAACCAAGGAUGAUAUUGAUGUGUUGCAUGGAGAUUUACACCAAAAGUAUUUUUUGGGGAAAUGGCCUUUUCGCACACAUCUUAACCCUAAAACUGGGUUUUCUUACAGAUAUGGUCAAUUUUUUUUUUUUACUGUAGGACAACAGUACAGUUGUUCAUUGGUUAAAAAAUAGUUUUAAAAGAAUCAGAAAGUCGGACAAAAUUUUGUGAAACUGUAUUUUGUUUAAUCCUYGGAACCAUUUGGUUAGGUGUUUCCAGUGUUUUGAAUGAAAAGUCUAUAAAAAGCAACAUAGAAACAAAUCUAGUCUAUAAGCUUUAUCUAACUUAGUUUGCAUUAUGCAAUUAAAAUUUAUUGGUAAUGUACCCACUGUGAGAUAAUGUACAGAGAAAGUGUUCAGCAACUUUUUUAAAUAAAAGUUUUGUAUGAUUAA